CUUAAUUACCCAAACAACAUAAACACCCUUUCAGAAAAUGUUCACUUAAAAACCUACAACCCAAUCUCACUCCACCUACAAAACCAUACAUUAGUACCUCGUAUGACAACACAUCUUUCCUUGUAUCAUGGAUACUAUGUUCACCCUUAAUCAAUGCCAUCAUCAAUCAUUCAACUCCACCAUAACAACUUCCGGCAGUAGUUCUAGAUCCUCCACCGAACAUCACACCACCCACCACCACCACCAACCACCACAACAAUGCUUCUUCAUGGAAGAAGACAAUCUCUCUUCUUCUUCAUCUAUACAUCCCUACUACUCACCUAACCAAUUUCCACCACAUGAUAAUAAUAAUAAUAAUAAUAAUAAUAAUAAUAAUAAUAAUAAUAAUAAUUUCCACCACCACUUAAUUUCUACUUCCCCUCCCCAACCAUCGAAAUCUCACGCGUUUUCGCAAAACGUGGUCAGGGAGUUCUCAAACUCCCUGUCUCCCAACUGCUGGAGUCACGAGCUGUUAUCUGAAGCAGCGCGUGCACUAGCUGACAACAACAGCUCGCGGCUCCAGCAACUGAUGUGGAUGCUCAACGAGCUAAGCUCUCCAUACGGAGACAUAGACUCAAAACUUUCAUUUUAUUUUCUUCAAGCGCUUUUCGCUCGCAUGACAGAGUCCGGUAACUCAACCUACCGGACUCUCUCAUCAGCUUCGGCGAAAACAUGCACUUUUGAGUCCACUAGAAACUUGCUUCUCAAGUUUCAAGAAGUCAGCCCGUGGACGACUUUCGGCCACGUGGCGUCCAACUCAGCCAUCAUGGAUGCAUUCAACGGAGAGACAAAACUACACAUAGUUGAUUUCAGCAACACAUACUGCACCCAAUGGCCAACUUUGCUAGAAGCCAUCGCCACCCGCACAGACGACACACCUCACCUCCGUUUAACCGUCGUAACCACCACUGGAAGCAACAACGGAACAGAAACAGUUAUGCAAGAAAUCGGAAACCGGAUGGAGAAAUUCGCAAGAUUAAUGGGCGUCCCGUUUAAGUUCCACGUAGUUCACCAUUCGGGUGAUCUAUCAUAUUUUAAUUUAAACCAACUCGAUACUAAAACCGAUGAGUGUAUUGCUAUAAACUUCAAUGGCACGUUACGGUCAGUUAGUUACGACCGUAGGGAUUAUUUAUUAUCCAUGUUUCGGAACAUAAACCCUAAAGUUUUAACAAUCGUUGAAGAAGAAGCUGACAUGGAUGUAGGACCUGACGGAGUUAAAUUUUUGAAAGGGUUUGAAGAGUGUUUGAGAUGGUUUAGGGUUUAUUUUGAGGCUUUGGACGAAAGUUUUCCGAAAACGAGUAACGAGAGGUUGAUGUUGGAGCGGGAGGCGGGUCGGGCGGUGAUGGAUGUAGUGGGACGGCGGCCGGAAUGUUCGGUAGAAAGGCGGGAGACGGCGGAGAGGUGGUGGAGGAGGAUGAGGGGAAGUGGGUUUGAUGGGGUUGUGAUUAGUGAAGAAGGGUGUGAUGAUGUGAGGGCGUUGUUGAGGAGGUAUAAGGAAGGGUGGUCGGUGUUGCAGCCGGAAAUGAGUGCCGGAAUUUUCUUGAUGAGGAAGGAGACACCGGUGGUGUGGGCUAGUGCAUGGAAGCCUGUAUGAUUGUUGUGAUUGUGACUUUUAGAAGAAAAAUGAAAAGGGGAAGGGGAGUAGGUGGCACGUGCAUGGGAUUAUGAGAUGAAGUUAAGGGUUUGAUUUGUUGAUUUAAUCUUGUUUAGCAAAUGGUAAUAUUUUUCUUUUUCUAUUUUGAUGUCGAUUAGUUGAAAAUUUUGUGGCAAACUUCAUUUAAAACAUGAAUUAAGGUAUUCUUUAUAAAA